CUGGCUGGUGUCACCAUGACCAUAGGAGUGUCAUCCUCCUUACUAGUGUCGCAACUGUCACAUGUCGCAUGAUAUAAUAUAUUAAUUUAACUGGUUUAUUUAGUGCGCCAAGGGUAAUGUUUAUUAAGCCAUAGCCUACUAGAGAUGUCAAAUUAGAAUUUGCGGCUGGCGCACCAUGACUCUCCACCGGAGUUCACCGACCAACUCUGGACUGGUGACGGAUGAUGAUUUCUCCAGUAUGGCAAACGGGACGGCCGUUACUGCGCUUAAAUGCGUGGUUGUCGGUGACGGCGCGGUAGGGAAAACCUGCUUGCUGAUGAGUUAUGCCAAUGAUGCGUUUCCCGAGGAAUAUGUGCCGACUGUUUUUGACCAUUACGCAGUGAGUGUGAGCGUCGGAGGAAAACAGUAUUUACUGGGCCUGUAUGACACAGCUGGACAGGAGGACUAUGACCGCUUGCGUCCUCUGUCCUACCCUAUGACGGAUGUCUUCCUCAUCUGCUUCUCUGUGGUGAAUCCGGCCAGCUUCCACAACGCUCGGCUGGAGUGGGUACCAGAACUUAAGGAACAUGCACCUGGGGUUCCCUUCCUUCUCAUCGGAACACAGAUUGACUUGCGUGAUGAUCCGAAGACCAUCACCAGGCUGAACAGCAUGAAGGAAAGAGCCAUUACAGCAGAGCAGGGUCACAAGCUCGCCAGAGAGGUAGGGGCUCGUUGUUACUCUGAGUGCUCCGCACUGACCCAGCAGGGCCUGAAGGCUGUGUUCGAUGAGGCCAUCAUCACUAUCCUCACACCGAAGAAGAGGAAGAGGAGGGCUUUGAGGAGACGGCUGUGGCCCGGCUGCCUUCACUGCUGCCCGAUCACAUGAUCCGCGGGACACGAGAAGGAGCAGUGGACUACUGGAAGAUGGACGAUUAAAACUGAGCACUCCAACUCUGUCCACUGUCAUGGCUGGUUUGGUAUGAGGUCAAGAGCCUCAUGGAAAAAAAUUGUCGUUUGUCACAUUUUUGUCAUUGAAACAAUAGGCUAUAGCAAAAUAGGAAUAGAAGAGCCUGAAACUACAUGCACAAGCAAAGCUUUGGUGGACUUAUUAAUGCAAAUGAGAGACUGGAGGGGAUAAGAGAAAGGCAGAUAUGAUGGAGAUCAGAACAGACUUUCAAAUGAAUGAAAGCACAAAUUCUGGUAGCACAUUUACACCAGAAUGACAGAUUGCUCUGAAACACACUAUGAAUUUGUUGUUAUUUAUUUUCUAAGAGGUGUUCAUAUGAGAUUAAUGUUGCGUACAGUAGUUGUCUGUCACUUUAUAUUAUAUUAUUAUAACUGCCAUUUACAAAAUCCUCCGUUUCGAGGAAAAUAAUUUUCACAUUCUGUUUUCUAUGGGACAUCAAACACCUCUUGGUCAAGCCUUUUUUGUCACUUAUGGUCAAGCUGGAUGCCACAGCUCUUAGACACAGUGAUCUACUGAUGCAAUAUUUCAUAUGUCAGCACUGUGCCCGUGACUGUGAGAUCUGUUAAAAAUGAACUGCUAUUCUAAGAGCUCCCACACUACUUCUUAGGUUCUUUGAUGGCAUUAAGAUAUGGAUUAGUUAAACAAAAACUUACAAUACCUUUAACAUCAUGGCCAUAACUUUUUGCAUAAUGUUAUAUUGCUGAUAUAUUUCAAAUAGUGUUACUGCUGCAGAUAUCCAGCAUGUCUAGCCUACCACUAGCAAUUAUACUCACCAUCACAAAAUAAAUAUACUGAAUUGCAAAUACUCCCCCAUUCAUUUAUAAAAAAAAUACAAUGGACUUUCUCAAUAAACAGUGUUGUGUACUCUCG